AGUCCCUCCCCUAUAGAUCGGUGCUAUAAUACAAAGCAGUAAAAGCGGUAGGCACACACACAAGCGGCAGCAGCUCGACUAGAGAUCCCGUGGCUUUUAAUUCCCUCACUACUUUUUUUUAAACCCUCCUUCGAUUUGCCCCGUUAUUACCAUUUAUCCGAGGCGUUCAUUUCCGCACCUGCCACACAGAGACCAAGCUAAGGCGAAGUAGAAGAGGAGACAAGGACACUGCGAGAGCCGGGAGAGGCAGACUGUAGAGAUAGCAGCGGUGACCCGUUUGAGAUCUUAAAGGACAAAAAAAAAAAAAAAAAAAAAAAAAAAAAUGCUGCUCUGGACCAAAAUCGCGUUGGUCGGUCUCAUCUGCUUGUCCUUGGUAUCCUCUGGGAUGGGAUGCGGACCGGGCAGGGGCUACGGCAGGAGAAGACAUCCGAAGAAGCUGACACCUCUUGCGUACAAGCAGUUCAUCCCCAACGUCGCGGAGAAGACCCUCGGGGCAAGCGGUAAAUACGAAGGCAAGAUCACAAGAAACUCCGAGCGAUUUAAAGAACUGACUCCCAAUUAUAACACAGACAUCAUAUUCAAGGAUGAGGAGAACACCGGUGCUGACAGGCUAAUGACUCAGAGAUGUAAAGACAAACUGAACUCGCUAGCCAUCUCCGUGAUGAACCAGUGGCCCGGAGUGAAGCUGCGGGUCACCGAGGGCUGGGACGAGGACGGACACCAUUUAGAAGACUCUCUUCACUACGAGGGCAGAGCCGUGGACAUCACCACUUCAGACAGAGACAAGAGCAAAUACGGCACUCUGUCCAGGCUGGCGGUGGAAGCUGGAUUUGACUGGGUCUACUAUGAAUCUAAGGCCCACAUCCACUGCUCCGUGAAAGCAGAAAAUUCAGUGGCAGCAAAGUCAGGCGGCUGCUUCCCCGGAUCCUCCACGGUCACUCUUCAGGAUGGCACCAAGAAAGCAGUCAAAGAUCUCAAAAGCGGCGACAGGGUCAUGACAGCAGAUGACGACGGAAAUGUAAUUUACACCGACUUCGUCAUGUUUAUAGACCGAGAUUCGAUGCUGAGGAGGAUCUUCUAUGUGAUCGAAACCGACUCAGGCCAGAAAAUAACCCUCACCGCCGCGCAUCUCGUCUUCGUCAGCCGCAACAGCUCCAGCGAGGCGGAGAAGCGGAUGUCUGCGAUUUUCGCCAGUCAAGUCCAGCCUGGACAGAAAGUGUUCGUCUUUGACGCAGAGCGAAGUCGACUCGAGUCUGUGACCGUCAAACGGAUUUACACGCAAAGUCACGAGGGUUCCUUUGCGCCCGUGACCUCACAGGGGACCAUCGUGGUGGACCAGGUCCUUGCGUCCUGUUACGCAGUGAUCGAAGACCACGACUUGGCACACUGGGCCCUGGCACCCGUCAGGCUCGCCCACUGGGUGUCCUCGUUCCUAUUUAGCUCCCAGCCUCCAAGCAGUGUACAAAACGAAGGAGUGCACUGGUACUCCAAAAUCCUUUAUCAAUUAGGGACAUGGCUCUUGGACAGCCACUCGAUCCAUCCACUUGGAAUGUCGGUAUACCCAAGUUGAAACAGCUGCGACAGGAGCAGAACGAGACUUUAAAUGUAGGACACACGAACUAUACAGUAGAUUAAAAAUAAUAAUAAUAAUAAUAAUUAAAAAAGAGAAAGAGAGAAAGAAAAAAAGCGAACUGACAGACAGACGUGACAUGACAAGGGCCCCAGCGGAGUUGGGAUAUUUAUUUCAGUGACUUUUCCAUGAUGUGUCCCCCUUUCAAAGAAUGAAUGGAGCCUUAAAAAGUUUCUCUUUGAAUAAUUUAUUCUCAUGUGAACUCUGCUGCUGUCACAUAAAUGGAUUCUGAAACUGUGUGAGCAGCAAAUUGUGCAUAAUCUAUUUUUGUAAAUAUCAAAUGCAAAAAAAAAGAAAAAUGAAGAAAAAAAUUGAAAAAUGGGAAAAAAAAAAUCGGAAACAGAAAGAAGAUCAUGUAAAACGGAGCUGAC